CCCCGGCGGCCAGACGAGAUGACGGACUGCACCGACUCGCCGUCUUGCCGUGCUGGAGCAGGCGCGCCCGUGCUGGAGCGGCCAGACGAGAUGAAGGGCACGAACGGCGACGGAGCAGGCGCGCUGUGCCAGUACCAGCACGGCGGCCCCGCCAGGGCACCGCGGCUGGGGCUCGAGAUCCGCGAGCCCUUCCUGCGUCUGAUCACGUCCAUGCGAGCCGCGCUCAACCCCGCCGCCGACGACAGAGGCGCCGGCCCAGAGGGGGAGGGGGCGCCAGCGGGGAAGAAUCAGGGCCAGAGACGGCUGAGCCGGGUGGGACUGCGGGCGCUCCAAAUCGGCGACAGCAAGAUCGCUCGAACGGACGAGUUCGACAUAGCGGCCAAGUUCCAGUACAAGAAGCCCAAGAAGAUCGUGCUCCAGCUGCACCGGGCCGACGCCUUGGUCAAGAUCCACAUCCUCUGGUCCAACAUCCUGGCCAUGUCGGCGCGCUUCGACGACGCCAGAUUCGACACGCUGAGGAUCCAGGUCAAAUGCGCGUCCGAGCGGUACAGUGCUAUUCAGCCUCCAGCAGCAAGCAGAAUGCAUCUCCGAUGGCAGCGCUGCAACGAUGUUAUUCCAAGGACCUUUUUGCUCUGGUUUGACAAGGGGACGCUGGAGAGGGGCUACGGCAAGAUGAUGUACGCCGACCCUUCGCUGCUUCUACUGCCGUCGCCCCCUCCGGGACAAGGAGAGGAGGGGGAGGAAGAAGCCCCGUCCCCACCAUUCCUCUUUGGCGCGACGCCGAGCACGAUGAUGAUGACAGGCUCAGCAAACACAGGUAAACAGCUAAAAUUCUGGUCAUUCUCCAAGACUCCCAAGUGAUCGGAGGCUGUCUGCUCGGCG